UGGGCUCCCACUUUCCCUCUCCACCUCUGCGCUGCCCCACGAUGCUGGGAGACCACGCCGGCCUUUCCGCAGACCGGGCUCUGCUCAGCCAGGCCCCCAAAACUGGACUCAGCUGCAAAAUGGUGCUUCAGGCCGUUGGCAAAGUGCUCAGGAAGUCCAAAGCGAAGCCUAACGGGAAGAAGCCAGCAGCGGAGGAGAAGAAGGUGUACCUGGAGCCGGAGUACGCCAAGUCCCGGAUCACCGACUGCGAAUUCAAGGAGCUGGUGGUGCUGCCCCGCGAGAUCGACCUGAACGAGUGGCUGGCCAGCAAUACUACGACAUUUUUCCACCAUGUCAACCUGCAGUACAGCACCAUCUCGGAGUUCUGCACGGGAGACGCCUGCCAGACCAUGGCCGUGUGCAACACACAGUACUACUGGUAUGACGAGCGGGGGAAGAAGGUCAAGUGCACUGCCCCCCAGUACGUCGACUUCGUCAUGAGCUCCGUACAGAAGCUGGUGACUGACGAGGACGUGUUCCCCACUAAAUAUGGACGAGAAUUCCCCAGCUCAUUCGAGUCGCUGGUGAAGAAGAUCUGCAGGUACCUGUUCCACGUGCUGGCGCACAUCUACUCGUCCCAUUUCAAAGAGACCCUGGCACUCGAGCUGCACGGACACUUGAACACGCUCUAUGUCCACUUCAUCCUGUUCGCCAGGGAGUUCAACCUGCUGGACCCCAAAGAGACCGCCAUCAUGGACGACCUCACGGAGGUGCUGUGCAGUGGUGGGGGCCCCGGCGGGGGCGGGGCCAGCGGGGGGGGCACGGGGGCACAGAACCACGUGAAGGAGAGGUGAGCCGCGCGGCCGGACAGGCGUGCACGUGUGCGGAGACGGUGGCGCGUGUGCCUGCGUGUGUCUGCCUGUGUGCGCACACGUGCCGGCACGCUCGCGCGGGAGGUCUUGAGGCGAUGCUGCCCCGGGCCGGGCUGGGCCAGCCGCGCCGAGUGUGGGCCCUGACGCGGCGGCCUGCAGCGCUCUGCCUGGCUCCCGCCGUUUUCCUGUUGGAUGGACGAGUGCGCGUGUCAAGAAGCACCUUGGACUCCUUCGUUCGCUCAGCAAACAUUUACGGGACCGCUGUUCUGUUUCCUUCUGUGGGGUUUUCCUUUCUUUGGCCUUCCGCCGGCCUCCGCCCCUGCCUGCUCUGGGGUCUCUGCCGUUUGGAGAGAAGUCACGUGUGAGAGACGGGCACCUUCCUGGGAGGACCUGGGUUGCAGACCUCCGUUUCCACUGUGUUUGCUUGUGUUUCAGGGGUGGGUUACCUUAGAUUCCUCCUGUCUCCUCUUCCUUUCCCGGCCUUGCCGGGAUCUUGGCUGUUGGUGGCUGGGCAGGGGGGGCGAUGGUGCCCUGUAGGGCCACUGAGCCCGUGGCCCCUGCCCCCUGCCCGGGGGGAGCCCUGGCCUAGCGGGGCUCAGCUGAGCUUCCCGGGGCUGGCAGCCUGUGCACAGGCGCAGCUGUCAGCAGAAGGCAGAGCAGCUCCCGCUCUGCUCCCCUGUCCGGUCGUAAUAAAGAGCAUUCUCUCAGGUCA